CGGGGCGUCGUCAUCUCUGGGCGGCGGGCGCAGAUGGCGGCGGCCCUGGGCGCCUGAGCGGGCGGGGGCCAUGAGCGCCGCCCAGCCCCAGUUCAGCAUCGAUGACGCUUUCGAGCUGACCCUGGAGGACACCGGGCCUGGGCCGGAGUCCAGCGGGGUCGCCCGCUUCGGGCCGCUGCACUUCGAGCGCCGGGCCCGGUUCGAGGUGGCCGACGAGGACAAGCAGUCCCGGCUGCGCUACCAGAACCUGGAGAAUGAUGAGGAUGGAGCCCAGGCCUCUCCAGAACUGGAAGGGGGAGUCAGCACCAGGGAUUCCGGGCGAACAUCCAUCCGCAGCUCCCAGUGGUCCUUUAGCACAGUCAGCAGCAAUACCCAGCGCACCUAUAAUGCCUGCUGCAGCUGGACCCAACAUCCUUUGAUCCAGAAGAACUGCAAGGUAGUGCUGGCCUCCUUCCUGCUUCUGCUGCUGGGGCUGGUGCUGAUCCUGGUCGGCGUGGGACUGGAGGUGGCUCCCUCUCCAGGUGUCUCUAGCGCCAUCUUCUUCGUGCCCGGCGUCCUGUUGCUGGUCCCGGGAGUCUACCACGUGAUCUUCAUCUACUGCGCGGUCAAGGGCCACCGGGGCUUCCAGUUCUUCUACCUGCCCUACUUCGAGAAGUGAGCCGCCAUGGGACGGCGAUCCGACGCUCAGGGCCACUUCCUCGCAUCCACCGGGGCGCUCCUCCGACCCGCGCCCGGUUGCGCUCUCAUCAUCUCAAGGAAAAAGGCCCUCCGGGACCCUCGGAAGUGAUUGCUCAGGAAGUUUGGGGCACGCAAGUCUGGCCUGGGAAUGUUGCCCCUUGCCUGUUCCAUGUCUUAACUUAUUCUUGGGCCCUGGGGCUGCUGGGUUGCUGUUAUUUCUAAUAAAAGACUAAUUAAGUAUAGAGUAGGGACAGUUGUAUUUUCCUGUCCCUCCACCCCUGGCCUAACCCACCACCUUCCACAAAGACUGAGAAAAGGCCUGACCCUGGGGCUUGGAGGCUCACCAUCACCAUGGUAUCCAGAACAACCAUGAUGCUCCAGGGCUUGCCCAGGGUCAUGAUAUGUUGAGGGCAGAGCUGGGCCUGGAAGAAAUGGUCCCAGCCUGUCUGCCCCCAGCCCUGAGGGGACUCAGCCCACCACUGUCUGCAGCCACUGUCAGGCAGCACUAGCACCUGUCCUGGUGGCCUGGACAAGAGCACUGAGAGAUGACGCAGGCCUGGGGCCACAAGGCUGGUAUCCUGGAUCCAGCCUGGCUCUGGGGCCCUCGGCUGCCCUGAAUGUGGGCCAUCCCCCUCC